UAAUUCACAUCAUCAUAGUACGAACUGAGAGUGCUCUCAUUUUGCAUUUAGAAUAAUCCCAUAUUCCAUGCAUAAACAGAGGCCAAAGUUACAAAACAAUUAAUUCUCUUGACCUUUUCAUCAUUUCCCCAUAAACACCAAUUCCACCUUUUUCUUUUACAAACCCUUAAUCAUAUUACUACUCUAUUUGCCUCCCAUUAGUCAUCUCAUUUCCCUUUGAUAUAAUCACAGAUUUCAAAAAGAAGAAAAGGCGGAUUAUUGCCUCUUUCCUUUUUCCUUUUCUUCUCAAUCUCCCCGUUGGCAAUUUUGAUUCAUUUCUUGACUCACCAACAGGGGAGAUAAUCAGAGGAUCCUUACCAGGUUGGAGAUUCUUCCGGGAGUGUUCUUUAUUCUACAUCUGAAGUGGGAUUGAAUAAAAAGGUACCAAAAAGUCAGACGAGGUUUUUCAGCAUUUUUUUUACUGGGCCGCUGUUGGAUUAGGAGAAUGGGAAAACCAACCGGGAAGAAGAAAGGUCCUGUGGGCUUAAAUCGCAGUGAUUCAAAUGCUGCUAAGGUUGGCAAAGCUCCAGAUCGUACCUCUAAAGCAUUUGAUGAAGACACAGCUGUCUUCAUUAAUAUGUCCCAAGAAUUGAAGGAAGAAGGAAACAAACUUUUUCAGAAACGUGACCAUGAGGGAGCUAUGUUGAAGUAUGAAAAAGCUCUCAAAUUGCUCCCCAGAAACCAUAUUGACGUUGCUUACUUGCGCAGCAACAUGGCUGCCUGCUAUAUGCAAAUGGGGCUUGGUGAGUACCCCAGAGCGAUAAAUGAAUGCAAUCUGGCACUUGAAGUUGCUCCUAAAUAUAGCAAAGCUUUGCUGAAGAGGGCUAGGUGUUAUGAGGCUUUGAACAGGCUUGAUUUGGCCUUAAGGGAUGUUAACAAUGUUUUGAGUAUGGAACCUAAUAAUCUAACUGCUUUAGAAAUUGCUGAGAAGGUGAAGAAGGCAGUUGAGGUAAAGGGCGUCGAGGAUAAAGAGAUUGUUCUGCCCCCUGAAUAUGUUGAGCCUCCCCUUCCAUCCAUAUCGAGCAAGAGUACGAAAGAGAAGUUGAAAAAGAAGAAAAGUAAUAGAUUUGAGAAGAGGAAGGUUGCGGAAGUUGAGCAAAAGAGAGAUGAGGAACCUGCAGAUAAGAAGGCUGAGGAUAAGGUUGUUGUGGAGGAGAAGCUUAGCGUUAAGGAAGAAAAAGUGGCCACAAAGACUGUGAAAUUGAUUCUCGGAGAGGAUAUAAGAUGGGCCCAGUUACCAGUUAAUUGCAAUAUUAGACUGGUGAGGGAUGUUGUUUUGGAUCGCUUUCCAAGUCUGCAUGCUGUGCUUGUCAAGUAUAAGGACCAAGAGGGUGACUUGGUUACAAUCACCACGACUGAGGAGCUGAGGUUGGCCGAGACAUCAGGCGAUCUUCAGGGCUUUUUGAGACUAUAUGUUUCAGAAGUUAGUCCUGAGAAAGAACCAUUUUAUGGGAGCAAUGAAGUUGAAGAUUUUAAUAGCACCAGCAAAUUGUCUACUGUUGCGGAGAAUGGGAAUUUGGAGAAAGGCUUGGAACUGGACAAAGGUCAAACCUGUGUUGAGGACUGGAUUAUCCAGUUUGCACGCAUAUUCAAGAAUCAUGUUGGGUUUGAGUGUGACUCGUACUUGGAUCUUCAUGAGAUAGGGAUGAAGUUAUACUCAGAAGCUAUGGAGGAUACGAUCACAAGUCAAGAUGCACAACAGCUUUUUGAAAUUGCUGCACUGAAGUUCCAAGAGAUGGCUGCUUUAGCCAUGUUUAAUUGGGGAAAUGUUCACAUGUCAAGGGCAAGGAAGCGAGUGUUUUUCAAAGAAGAGGGUGGUUCUAAGGAAUCUGCAAUGGCAGACAUCAAAUCCGCUUAUGAAUGGGCACAAACGGAAUAUGUUAAGGCGGGAAUGAGGUAUGAAGAAGCUCUUAGAAUCAAGCCAGACUUCUAUGAAGGUCUUCUUGCUCUUGGCCAACAGCGAUUUGAACAUGCAAAACUCUCAUGGUAUUAUGCUAUUGGAAGCAAGGCUGAUUUAGAGAUGGGAGCCUCUCCACAAGUUUUGGAGCUGUACAACAAGGCUGAGGAUAGCAUGGAAAGAGGCGUGCAGAUGUGGGAAGAGAUGGAGGAGGAGCGACUAAAUGGCCUCUCGAAAUCAGAUAAUCAUAAAACUGAGCUGCAAAAACUGGGAUUAGAUGGGUUAUUUAAAGACGUAUCCCCUGAAGAAGCUGCAGAGCAAGCUGCAAAUAUGAGAUCUCAGAUACACCUUCUCUGGGGGACGUUGCUGUACGAACGCUCGGUUGUGGAAUUUAAGCUGAGUUUACCGACUUGGGAAGAAUGCUUGGAGGUUGCAAUUGAAAAGUUUGAACUUGCUGGAGCAUCUCCUACAGACAUAGCAGUAAUGGUGAAGAACCAUUGUUCCAAUGAGACUGCUCUGGAAGGCUUUGAAGUUGAUGAGAUAGUACAGGCAUGGAAUGAGAUGUAUGAUGCUAAUAGGUGGCGGUCUGGUGUCUCAACAUUCCGGCUAGAACCUCUUUUCCGUCGUCGGGCUCCAAAACUUCAUUCUAUGCUACAGACUUUUUAAGGUUUCAUGUUCGUGAUUGGCGAUUUUGCAUAAUACUAUUAUUUCUUCAUUGUCCAAUGGCUUGCAUACUACGAAGGUAAAGUGAUGCUCAGAAAUUGGUUUUCUUUCUAGCUGCCUGCUGACUUUCCACAAAGAAAAACUAGCAAAUUUGCUGUCUGUCUUUCAUUGCUUCUAAGGACAUUGGUUUAACAGGGGAAAAUUUUCAAGUUUUGUCUAACUAUGAGCCUAGUUAUUAUGGUUUAUAUUAACUACAAAGCUUUUCUCAACCUUGCCUCCAACUGCCACCCAUUAGUGCAGAAACAGAUGAGGUGACAAUUUCUUGACAUUGAUGUACAGUUUAUUGCCUGACACUCAAAUUUAUAAAUGCACAUGACUCGUACCUUAUGGAGAUGUUUUCACUAUAUUCUUGGAGUUGUCCUUGGUUGAUGUUAAUUAAUUAGUAGUUAUCUCAGUGUUUCUUUCAUGCUUGAAAGGAGUCAAUAAUAUAACUAAGAGAACAGCACUUUGGUUAAGAUAAUUCCAGAUUAUGCGCAGAAAGAUUGAUGGAGGGCUGAGAAUGGCCAGAAACCACUUUUUGCUGUUUGCCUACUAGCUUUAUUAUGUCCCUUACCUGGGGAAGUAUUGAUCUUCCAAAUUCUAGUUGUUGCAUUAAGAACUUGUGGCCUCAUUUGUUUGUUAUAGUGUUGAAUAAAAUUGAGAAUCAAACUACCUGAAUGAAAAUGGCAAGUUCUCCUUUUCUCGGUUUAUCAUAUUGGCUUUCGAGCGUCAAACUAUCAGAUAAAACCUGACUGAAAAUGGCAAGUUCUCCUUUUCUUGGUUUAUCAUGUUGGGCUUUCUCCAGUGUUCUGUUCUGCCCUGGCAAAACAGACUAUCCAAAGCUAAUGUUGAAGAUUGAAAGAGUCAUAGUUUCAGAAAAUGGACAAGCAAAAUCUGAAAUUCUAAGCCUGACAUGAGUGAAACUGUACGUCACACAGUAAAGCUGCAUCCUAAAAGCAAGAAUAGGAGGAAAAAAAGAUGAAAUUUUAGCUUAGUAGAUGGCAUGAACAUAUUGAGGGCAAAGUGAAGUGUUGCUUUAUGUUUGGCAAGACUGGCAUUAGUGGAAAAUUCGAUACUCAAAAAUGGGGAGAGUUGUCUCCUACAAUCAUCCAAAAUUUUCUAUUACAGUUUUUAGUAAAUAGUUCUAAGCAACGUAAGAUUACAAGGGAUAAAAGCAUAUUUCUGAAAGAUUAGUAUGAAAGUAUAUGUAUUUUCUUUCGACCUGGAAACUGAAACAGCAUGAGCUAGUUGUGUGGUGAUAUGAAAGGGGCUAAUCAAGUGUGUGAACACCCCACUAGUACUGUGACUGAAAGGGUUGACGCAUGCUUCUUGCUCCUACAGGUGUAUAAAAGAGUUAGUUUAGGUAAAGGACAUAAUUCACAAAUAUAGAACUUAUGACACGAGGAUUUGUUACUCUCUAGUGUACAACAGUUUACAGUCCAAUCAGGAUUUGAUCUAAAAUUGGGCUCAGUGCAAGGAAACUAGUGGUAACCACUGCAUGUGGAAGAAGCCCUGCGUUGUUUUUGUUAAGAGGUUUUUAUGUAACUAUUUAUUCUGGUCAUCUUACCAAUCCUAUCAGCUUUGGUCUUAGGGAGACAUCAGAGCCUUCUAUGUCCAGUUGCAUGCGUCAUAAAAUUCUGAUUGUAUGCUCAUUUAUGCUGCAAUGAUGACAUGCUUGUUGAUCUUCUUGUUUAAAGAUUCCUGUUUGAGAUUUUGGCUUUUCUUGGUGUCACGGAGGCAGGCAAAGGAGUGUUGGACAUGUGUCUGAGAGUAGUAGAGCUGGUGUCUAAUGAGAGUGGGGAGCUAUCUUCUGAGUGUCCUGGUCCUUUACCAACUGAAACUGAUCUUAGGCAUCUUCAGUUUUUCCUGUCCCAACUUUUCUGGACAAUGGGGCUAUGUUGCUGGAUUCUUGACGACUUGUUUUUUGAUUUGCUUUUGGAAGCCAACACACCAAAAAAAAAAAAAAGGAAAACAGAAGUUCACCAUUGAGUGAUGAUUUUGCAAACUAGGUAGCUUUCACGGGAUACAAAAAAAUUUCUUCAAUCUUUCACAAAAUUUUUGUUCCCCCUUGAGCGAAAUUUGGGGAGUAGUCUCGGUUUCUUAAAAGGUCAGUUGUAGACAAAUAUGUCUCGAGUGUAUGCUUACUUGUAUUCAUCAUGCCCUGUAGUGUGAUCUCUUGUUUGUUUUAUUUUGAUACAUACCACAGCUCAUUCUGGCUUUUUUGCUAAAAGAGACGAGAAUAUUUAUUUUAUUGUGUUGCUUCUCCUCAGCGGAAAUGGUUGGAAUACGAAUAUUAUUAUUAU